UUUUCAACUGUUGAUUGUGCUGAAAUACUGGGGCUAAUCCAAACAAAAUCAUUUUUUUACAUGUAUACCCAGAAAAAGAUGAGUGCCACUGUAGAGCCGCGCCAGGACAGUUUCCAUGGUGGACCGUCUUAUGGCACACCAAGAGGUCAAGAAUUAGUGCAAACAGAAGGUUUAUUGCCUGAGCUGAAGAACAGUGAUAAUCAGGUGGACCGCACCAAGCCACUACCUACCUCCCUACAGAGUGAUUUUUUACCCGAGGAUGUUCUGUUUGCCCUUACACAGCCUCCACCUGUCAGGGACCAGCUGGGGCCUCCUAACAGGGCUAGGAACCUCAGUACCACCUCAAUUCAGACGCGCCCACCACCUGCAAAUGUUUGGGGUCACAAGAGGCGUGACCGCUUCAAACAUCUGACAGAAAAUACACCAUGUGUGUGUGGUGCUGGCAAUGACAUUUCAUUCCUGUACGAUGUUCCCAAAGCAGAUGUGCUGCUGGAGAGGCCAGAGAAGAUAGAUAAAAGUCAAGUAAGGAAGGAGCAUCUGGACAAACAGAGAAAGCCUUUAGUGUUACCAGACACCCUGAUCCCAGAUGAAUACCACAUUGUCAAAAACCGAGGAGUUAUGGGAAUCGAGUUCCAUGAGGAUAAAUACAGUAACCAGGUGGAAGACCAUGAGAAACAUUUGGUCAUGUUUCCCUCCAUGAAACCGUCUAGUCGGUAUGAGGUUCUACAGCUAAAGAAAACCCUGGGUGAGAUGUUGGACAGAGCUGGAGUUAAUGAUGCAGAAAAGGAAAUCAGGGGUCCAACACAGAUGCACAACUUGAUGGAGCUGAUCAAGAAAGAACAGGACAUCUACAAUGUUGUUUUCCAUGAACUUAUCCGACAGACCAGUGUGGAGUGUGUAGAGAGAGGGGAACUACUGGCAGACUUACGCCUCAAAUAUUUACAUGAGGAAGUGAUGGCCCAAAGAGCCCUGGAUCGCAGACUGACCGAGGAAUUGAUGAGGUUCAAGUCUACCAUCAGUAUUCUGACCAGUGAACUGUCAGCGGUCAAGGAGCACGAUCGCAAAGUUACCAAGGAGGCAGCUCAGGCCCAGGAAGAUCUGCGAACAGCCCUGAUCGAAGCUCAGAAAAAUGCUAGCCUGUUGGCUGAGUACCAUGACCUGUAUGAACUUCAACGUAAGCGUCUGGAGGGUCAGGUGCUUAUGUUGACUGAAGAGAGAGAAUUGUGGAGUCAAGCUGCAUACAGUCUGGCAUUGAAGGUGACUGCAGAGGCCAACCUUAUCACAGCCAAGCGACUUCAUGUUAGUGAGAAGUCGUGGGCUAAACUAGCAACACAUUUCACCAUCCUCCUCAGUGACAAAGACACAGAACUCCUGGCAAAACUACAAGGUCAUGUGGAGAAGUGGCGCGACCUGGUGGAGGAUUUUAACAUGAUACUGAUAACCCGGGAGGAGGAGAUGAAGACCAACAUUGGCGGUCUACGCAGCGGUAUAGAACGUUGGAUGCAUGACAUCAGAAAUCUUUGUUUAGACUCAGACUCGGAUGUCACUAGUAGACUGAAGUCUGCCAG